AUGAUACCUAUCGGAGAGACUCAAGAUGGUCGUGCUGAUAUGACCAAUUUUGAGAUGGAUCUAUUUGAUACAAAGAUAAAUUCAUAUGCUCUGGAAAAGGAAGAAAGUGAACAGUGUUGUCAACAUAGUAUCAUUAAACCAGCAUGCGUUCCGGUAUCGAUUAUAUCAUUAUUUAUUUUUUUAAUUGUGUUUUUCCCAUUAUUCAAUGAAGACGGCUUUGAUACGGGAUCUGUUCGUUACGACCGGAAUGGUUAUUGUACCGAUCAAUGCAGAGUGCAGUUGGUUGAAACUAUACCAUCGAUUUUGAUUUUUGACAAUAGUAGCCUUACGAGUUUAUCAACAUACGAAGUCUGGAAAAAAUUGUUGGAUGAUGCACAAGUUUCAAUUGAUGUUGCGUCCUUCUAUUGGAAUCUCCGUGAUCCUGUAGCACAUUCGACUUCUUGGCAGGGAAAUGAUACAUUCGAAAGAUUUAUUGCAUCUGCUGAGCGUGGUGUGCGGAUACGAAUAGCACAAAAUCAACCAACCACAAUAUUUCCACAACUCGAUUCGAAAUAUUUUGCUGAGAAUGGUAAGACUUAA